UAUUGUGCCUGGAACAUUGCGGCAGUAGACGAAACACUUGAGUGAAAGGUGUCGUUUCUCCCUUAUUUCUGAGCAAGCAAAACACAUCUUGCUUUCUUCAGGAAACAACAAAUGUUUCGUCCGCGUAGAGGAACAGAUGGAAGCAUCUGGGUGUUGGUUGACACGCGGAGAAACGUCUGCGGCUUCCAGUGCGGCCAUAACAACCAAGCGGUUGCGCUGCAUGGGAAGAUCAUCGGCGGCGGCUUGGGGUUCUUGACCAGUUUCUCUCGGAAGCUGCAGGCAUUCGCAUGAUCUCUUUCUCAGAAAGCAUCCCAGACACGAAAAUCAGGCAUCGGUUGUAGCUGCUUGAUGAUGCGGGGUUAAUUUCUGCCAGUUAAAACUUCGCAAGAUGAGGUUCUGGUCUCUGCUCGUCGUCGCGUGGAUGCCCGUUCUGCAGGUCCUCCUUGCAGGCAUGCUCGGAGCUUGUCUCGCGUCCAGCCGGUUCAACGUCCUCACCUCUGAUGCUCGAAGGAGCAUAAAUAAGAUUGUUUAUAUUGUCUUCGUUCCAUCCCUCGUCUUUUCGAGCUUGGCAGGGACUGUAACGCUCAAGGACGUCAUUUCCUGGUGGUUCAUGCCAGUGAACAUGAGCAUCAUAUUCCUGAUCGGAGCAACUCUAGGAUGGCUGGCCGUGAAGACCCUAAGGCCAGGAGAACAUCUUCAGGGACUUGUCAUUGCUUGCAGCUCAGCAGGUAACUGGGGAACCAUACCCUUGAUGAUAGUUCCAGCGAUUUGCAAUGAGGAGGACAGCCCCUUUGGUGAUGCCACCACCUGCAAAUCUCUCGGCAUCUCCUACGUCUCAUUGUCCAUGGCGCUAGGAAAUUUCUUCAUUUGGACCCAUAGCUACAGCGUCAUGAAGAGAUCUGCUCAGCUCUAUAACAAAGGAUGUAAUGAUCACCCUACAACUAAUAACGUAAGAAAGGAACAAAAUUCAGGAGAAGAUCAAAAUGGUAAUUAUGUCGCUUUUCUGCCCAUGUUCUCGUCUGCAGAUUCUUGUGAGGAUGUCCCGAACAACUCAGUUAGUCCUACCUUGCCUUCCAACAGCCUUUCUGGUACCUUGAUGCACUAUUUCAGAAGAGCAAAGGAUUUGCUGGUAGAGAUACUGAAAGAACUGUGGUCACCUCCCAGUGUUGCCGCUCUCGUAGGGUUUACUGUCGGAGCAAUCGAUAAGCUGAAAUCACUCGUUACGGAGGAAGACAGCCCUCUCCGAGUGGUCCAAGAUACUGCACAGUUACUAGGAGAUGCUGCAAUACCUUGCACUGUCCUCAUACUCGGUGGAAACCUUACCAAAGGCAGAGGAAGGACGACGAUGAAGCCUCUGGUAGUCAUAUCGAUUAUUGUGAUACGCUUCGUGAUCCUUCCUGCCUGUGGAAUCGGCGUGGUCAAGGCAGCCAGGGAGCUUGGGUUCCUGCCAGGAUCACCCCUGUACCAUUACGUUCUGCUGUUGCAAUCUACAGUUCCCCCAGCCAUGAGCAUCGGAACCAUAGCUCAGCUGUUCGAUGUUGGGGAAGAGGAGUGCUCCAUCGUCUUCCUCUGGACGCACCUGGUUGCCGCACUGGCGCUCACACUCUGGUCGACUGUGUUCAUGUCACUGGUGUCCUGAGCGUCUCUUCAGUAAAACAUUGCAUCAGUCGGCACAUUUGUUGUACUGCCUCCGUUCAUAAAAGAAUAUCGAAGAUUUAUCUAAAUUCGGAUAUAUCUGUAUACUAAAAAGUGUCUAUAUACAGGGAGGGGCGUUUCUGGUCCCGAGCUAAGAUGAGCCCGUUUUGUGGACCGUCCAAAUCGCCUGGGGAUGGGUGCAGUGGCCAGAAUUCCUGUCAGAACAGCGUCCUGGAACCAGUCCUCUACGCGUAGCGUUCGUAUGUGUACGUAGCGAUAGGUGGUGACGGCCGUAAGGUUGUCGUGUGGCAGGCAGGUGGGAGCAGGCUCGCAGCGCCGAUACAGGCGUUCAUUUUCCCUGUACUGAUGGAAUCAAUACGUGCUCAGGCUGGGCUAGGACAGAGCAUACGAGAUUCAAAUAAAGAAUUCGCAUACGACACUUCAUACGAAUGGAUACCACCAAUGGCAACGCGAAUGCCCAGUUCAGAAUACAGGUGCAUCUGAGCUCGAGAUCAGAUAGGCAUUUUCGCUAUAUACAUCCAAACUUAGACAAACUUCCGACAUCCUUUUAUGGACAGAGGUGGUACUAUAAUAUGU